AUGCAGCAGGUUCUGCCUUUUGUUCAGGUCAGAGAUCUACCCUCGGCCGCCUCGUUCUACUCUGCCAUCACCCAACCACUUAAAUUAAGGUAUAUCUCGGCCAAUGCUUCCUCUGUUGUGUUCGGUGACACCACUUCACCCAAUCCAGACCCUGUGUUGGAAAUCAAGAAAGCCGGUGCCGGUUUACGGGUGAAACCAUCACGCGUGGUCCUUUCGGCCUCUUCACCAUCAGUUCUCGCUGCUUUCCGCGCAGCCGCCCUGAGAGCCGACCCUGAGAUACCCAUCGAAGUGUAUGGCGGGAACCGCGUAGAAAUCACCGACUUCGAUGGAAACAAAGUCGAAGUCGUGUGUAACUCUUCUUCUGGACAACUUACCGAGUAUGAGGGAUCUAUUUCCGGUACUACCGUGGCUUCACGAGGACCUCCAUCCUUACGGCGAAGCCUCACCACUUCCAACGUGGAGGCUUCAAGACGGGAAGGUUCAAGGGGCGUCAGUAAUGGUGCCGAACCUGGCUCUGGGCCCGGCUUCGGCGCUGUGUUAGGCGCUGCCGCUUUUGGUGUCGCCGUAGGUGGUGCCUUAACCUACGCGCUGAUGAGUGGCGACCGCCAGCGUCCUACUCGACAGGAAUAUAAUGUGCAGGCGGGCACAUACCCACGGCGUGCAUCAAACCCAGACCCGCCUCCCAAUAUUCGGUCUCGUUACGGUGAGAUCGAAAAUGGGUCUCGAAAGUACCCACCGUCCAGCUACGGUGCGAGAUAUGCUCAACUCGAGGCUCCGGCGAGAAGCCGGGUCCUGGAGGAUGUUGAUGACCGUGCCAGUAGGCACUCGAGCCAAUACACCUCGGAUAGUCGGGUCCGUCGCCGCAGUGAGGUGGGGGAGAACAGGCGUCCACUCAUGAUCACUGAGGGGGAACGCAUGAGCAGUGCCCCCUCCCAGUAUGAUACCCCCUCAGUGUAUGACACACCACCACAACGUCUCCUCAUGGACACCGAGUACCGAAGCCAGGUAGGUGAUGAUCGCCGUAGUCACGCGCCAUCCAAACCGUCAUCUAGAGCUCCAUCUAGAGCAUCAUCCAAGGCGCCAUCCAGAGCGCCAUCCAGGGCAUCGUCGAAACACGCCGAUUCGCCCUCUAAGCACCGCGACGACUUUGACACCCGUAGCCGUGCCAGCACAGUCCGCCAACCACCCCCGAGCAUAGUCGAUAGGGCACCUCCGUCACGCUCGCAGUCGCAGGCCCCAAGCCGUUACUCGACGGCUCCCUCCAAAUCCCAAAAGGUUGGGCGCAGCCGCGCCACCAGCUACGUCUCGGCCCGGGACGUUGAUCUUCCUCCGAGCCGCGUCGACUGGGACGGGGAGGACGACGAUGACAUGGAAAGCGUGGCGCCAAGCGAUAGUAUCAGCUGCGUUGGUGACGAUACCCGGCACAGCCGGCGUUCCCGGACAAACUCAGUUGCCGGUGGAUCGUUGAUCGGCCGGUACCGCAAGGUUGUCAAUGAGUUUGACAAGAAGCGCAGGCCUUUGUACGGAUCUGAGUAUGACUACUAG